UAGCCCUUUGUUUUUUUUUGGCAUGCUUAUGCAUUUGCUUUUCUUUUUUAAAACCCCCCUUAUUAUAGAUGUGUAUAGAUUUGGUUGAAGUCACAGAUGCCAUAUUCUUCAUCUUUAUAAUGCAAGUUUUCUUUCCAGGUAGAAGGACAAGAAAAUAAUGAGCCAAUGCCAUAGAAACGCAAAGGGUUAAAGGUUUUUCUUUUACUUUUGUUUUGGGUAUGCUUUCUAUACUUUGAACAAAUGUGUUUUUCUGCUCCAAAUACUUUCAUAUUAUUGAAAGUUUUCGUUCCAAAUCCUAGAUUUUAGGAUUGUUACUUUUGAGAAACUGUUUCUCACGUUAGAGCUCCCCCAUAUUGCUCUAAAUAUAGUUUAGUAAAUGCACCUACUUUGCUUUAAGCAUACUUAAAGUUAAAAGUAUAUAUACAAAGACUUUGAUAUUUUUAAUAGUUGGAGUCUGUUUUGCUAAUUUUAGUGUGCAGGUCAGCACAAGGGGCAUAGUGAGCCUGAUGGAAGCUUUCCUCAGGUGAGUGAGUUUCAAAAUCAAAAUUAGGUGCCUGUUUCUUAAAAUGAGAUUCUGCUGCAGGUUUAUAAAUUAGAUUUUCAGCCUGCAUGAAUUAGUAGGGAUAUUCUUUUUUUACUUGCAUAAUUGUAAUUGAUUUAAACAUGUAUGUCAGAAUUCACAGGCCCAUACUAACUGUCCUUAAUUUCUUUCCUACAGCAGUACUGCUAUAUGCCAGUCCUGUCUGCAUUCUUAAGGGUGCAGUUCAACACAUCCUCUCUAGAUUAUGGUGAAAAAGUAUUCCAAAGGAAGUCUUAUCAGAGCUAGUGUCAGAAAGAAUGACACUACCAAUUGGGCAUGAACUUCAGCAUAGGAAAUGUCUUAGAACUUUAUUAUAUUUUCCUAAAUUGUGAUGCUAUACUACUGUAUAGCUAAUUGUCACAUUUCUAAAACAUAGUGUGCCUCUGUGAAUCUGUUUAUAUACAAUUUGGGCUUCUUUAAGAUAUUUUGAAGUUUGAAAAGCAAAUAUUGAAACUUGAACCAAGAGACUAACAACAUCUCUUUGUACAACCACUUUUCUUCUGUGUGCAUCAUAAUAAUGGAUAGAAGUAAUAUAUUCAAGUAAUAUGUUUUCAGUUGUAAUUUAUACUUUCUAAGAAAACAAAAAAUAUGUUUCUGGGUCAACAAACUUAAAAAAAACAUGAAGCCCUUUUUAGUAACAUGACGUCAGAAUAAAAUUAUAGGUAUAUUUUUAAAAACCAGAUUUUCUAAACUAUAACUGUUUUAGAACAUUGAAAGAAGUUAUGUAUGAAGAACUUACCUAGCCAUAGUUAUUUGUAGUCAGGAUUUUAACAGCUUGCAACAGGUAAUGUUUUGAAUAUAAAUAUCUUUCCAAAGUGUUACUAAUGGUAAAGAGAUAAUUUUCUAGGCUUCUAUUCUGCUGCUUGAAGUCAGAACUGCUGAUGGAGACAAAGGCAAGAAAGUGAGGGAAGACCCCUGAUCCUAAAAUGAAUGCUAGGACUUACAUGGAUGUAAUGCGAGAACAGCAUUUGACUAAAGAGGAGAGAGAAAUUAGGCAACAACUAGCAGAAAAAGCUAAAGCUGGAGAAUUAAAAGUCGUCAAUGGCGCAGCAUCGUCCCAGCCUCCCUCAAAACGAAAACGGCGUUGGGAUCAAACAGCUGAUCAGACUCCUGGUGCCACUCCCAAGAAACUGUCAAGCUGGGAUCAAGCAGAGACCCCUGGACAUACCCCUUCUUUAAGAUGGGAUGAGACACCAGGUCGUGCAAAGGGAAGUGAGACUCCUGGAGCAACCCCAGGCUCAAAGAUAUGGGAUCCUACACCUAGUCACACACCAGCGGGAGCUGCUACUCCUGGGCGAGGCGAUACCCCAGGCCACGCAACGCCAGGUCAUGGAGGCGCAACCUCUAGUGCUCGUAAAAACAGAUGGGACGAGACCCCCAAAACUGAAAGAGAUACUCCUGGGCAUGGAAGUGGAUGGGCUGAGACUCCUCGAACAGAUCGAGGUGGAGAUUCAAUUGGUGAAACGCCUACUCCUGGAGCCAGUAAAAGAAAGUCGCGAUGGGAUGAAACACCAGCUAGUCAGAUGGGUGGAAGCACUCCUGUUCUGACGCCUGGAAAAACACCAAUUGGCACACCAGCCAUGAACAUGGCUACCCCUACUCCAGGUCACAUAAUGAGUAUGACUCCUGAACAGCUUCAGGCUUGGCGGUGGGAGAGAGAAAUUGACGAAAGAAAUCGACCACUUUCUGAUGAAGAAUUAGAUGCUAUGUUCCCAGAAGGAUAUAAGGUACUUCCUCCUCCAGCUGGUUAUGUUCCUAUUCGAACUCCAGCUCGAAAGCUUACUGCGACUCCAACCCCCUUGGGUGGCAUGACUGGCUUCCAUAUGCAGACUGAAGAUAGGACUAUGAAGAGUGUUAAUGACCAGCCAUCAGGGAACCUUCCGUUUUUAAAACCUGAUGAUAUUCAGUACUUUGAUAAACUUUUGGUGGAUGUGGAUGAAUCCACACUGAGCCCUGAAGAGCAGAAGGAGAGGAAGAUCAUGAAGCUGCUUUUGAAAAUUAAGAAUGGAACGCCCCCAAUGAGAAAGGCUGCAUUGCGUCAGAUUACCGAUAAAGCUCGUGAGUUUGGAGCUGGUCCUUUGUUUAAUCAGAUUCUUCCUCUCCUGAUGUCUCCUACACUUGAGGAUCAAGAGCGUCAUUUACUUGUCAAAGUUAUUGAUAGAAUAUUAUACAAACUUGAUGACUUAGUUCGACCAUAUGUGCACAAGAUCCUUGUGGUCAUUGAACCAUUACUGAUUGAUGAAGAUUACUAUGCUAGAGUGGAAGGCCGAGAGAUUAUUUCUAAUUUGGCAAAGGCUGCUGGUCUGGCUACUAUGAUCUCUACUAUGAGACCUGAUAUAGAUAACAUGGAUGAGUAUGUCCGUAACACAACAGCUAGAGCUUUUGCUGUUGUAGCCUCUGCCCUUGGCAUUCCGUCAUUAUUGCCCUUCUUAAAAGCUGUGUGCAAAAGCAAGAAGUCCUGGCAAGCGAGACAUACUGGUAUUAAGAUUGUACAGCAGAUAGCUAUUCUUAUGGGCUGUGCCAUCUUGCCACAUCUGAGAAGUUUAGUUGAAAUCAUUGAACAUGGUCUUGUGGAUGAGCAGCAGAAAGUUCGGACCAUUAGUGCUUUGGCCAUUGCUGCCUUGGCUGAAGCAGCAACUCCUUACGGUAUUGAAUCUUUUGAUUCUGUGUUAAAGCCUCUAUGGAAGGGUAUUCGCCAACACAGAGGAAAGGGUCUGGCCGCCUUCUUAAAGGCUAUUGGGUAUCUUAUUCCUCUCAUGGAUGCAGAAUAUGCCAACUACUAUACUAGAGAAGUGAUGUUAAUCCUUAUUCGAGAAUUCCAAUCUCCUGAUGAAGAAAUGAAGAAAAUUGUGCUGAAGGUGGUAAAGCAGUGUUGUGGAACAGAUGGUGUAGAAGCAAACUACAUUAAAACAGAGAUUCUUCCUCCCUUUUUUAAACACUUCUGGCAACACCGAAUGGCUUUGGAUAGAAGAAAUUACCGACAGUUAGUUGAUACUACUGUGGAGUUGGCAAACAAAGUAGGUGCAGCAGAAAUUAUAUCCAGGAUUGUGGAUGAUCUGAAAGACGAAGCUGAACAGUACAGAAAAAUGGUGAUGGAAACAAUUGAGAAAACUAUGGGCAACUUGGGAGCAGCAGAUAUUGAUCAUAAACUUGAAGAACAGCUGAUUGAUGGUAUUCUUUAUGCUUUCCAAGAACAGACUACAGAGGACUCAGUAAUGUUAAACGGGUUUGGCACAGUGGUCAAUGCACUUGGCAAGCGGGUCAAACCUUACUUGCCUCAGAUAUGUGGUACAGUUUUGUGGCGUUUGAAUAACAAAUCAGCAAAAGUUAGGCAACAGGCAGCUGACUUGAUCUCUCGAACUGCUGUUGUCAUGAAGACUUGUCAAGAGGAAAAAUUGAUGGGGCACUUGGGUGUUGUUUUGUAUGAAUAUUUGGGUGAAGAGUACCCUGAAGUAUUGGGCAGCAUUCUUGGAGCACUGAAGGCCAUUGUAAAUGUAAUAGGUAUGCAUAAGAUGACCCCACCAAUUAAAGAUCUGCUGCCUAGACUCACCCCCAUCUUAAAGAACAGGCAUGAAAAAGUACAAGAGAAUUGUAUUGAUCUUGUUGGACGUAUUGCUGACAGGGGAGCUGAAUAUGUGUCAGCAAGGGAGUGGAUGAGGAUUUGCUUUGAGCUUUUGGAACUCUUAAAAGCUCACAAGAAAGCUAUUCGUAGAGCCACAGUCAACACAUUUGGUUAUAUUGCAAAGGCUAUUGGCCCUCAUGAUGUAUUGGCUACACUUCUAAACAACCUCAAAGUUCAGGAAAGGCAGAACAGAGUUUGUACCACUGUAGCAAUAGCUAUUGUUGCCGAAACGUGUUCACCUUUCACAGUACUACCUGCCUUAAUGAAUGAAUACAGAGUUCCUGAACUGAAUGUUCAAAAUGGAGUGUUAAAAUCACUUUCCUUCUUGUUUGAGUAUAUUGGUGAAAUGGGAAAGGACUACAUUUAUGCUGUAACACCAUUACUUGAAGAUGCUUUAAUGGAUAGGGACCUUGUACACAGACAGACGGCUAGUGCGGUGGUGCAACACAUGUCACUUGGGGUUUAUGGAUUUGGUUGUGAAGAUUCGCUGAAUCACUUGUUGAACUAUGUAUGGCCCAAUGUGUUUGAGACAUCUCCCCAUGUAAUUCAGGCGGUUAUGGGAGCCCUGGAGGGCUUGAGAGUUGCUAUUGGACCAUGUAGAAUGUUGCAGUAUUGUUUACAGGGUUUGUUUCACCCAGCCCGGAAAGUCAGAGAUGUGUAUUGGAAAAUUUACAACUCCAUCUACAUUGGUUCACAGGAUGCUCUCAUAGCACAUUACCCAAGAAUCUACAAUGAUGAUAAGAACACCUAUAUUCGUUAUGAACUUGACUAUAUCUUAUAAUUUUAUUGUUUAUUUUUGUGUUUAAUGCACAGCUAUUUCACACCUUAAACUUGCUUCGAUUUGGUGAUGUAAACUUUUAAACACUGCAGAUCAGCAUAGAACUGGUCGUAGAAGAAAAGCUAGAAAUCCAGUAGCAUGAUUUUUAAAUAACCCGUCUUUGUUUUUGAUGUUAAACAGUAAACGCCAGUAGUGACCAAGAACACAGUGAUUACACACAACUAUACUGGAGGGAUUUCAUUUUUAAUUCAUCUUUAUGAAGAUUUAGAAUUCAUUCCUUAUGUUUAAAAGGGAAUGUUUAAUUGAGAAAUAAACAUUUGUGUACAAAAUGCUAACUUGUGUGUGUUUUUUGAACAUGACUUGUACAAUGCGGAACUUUGAUCAAGUGUUGGUUUGUGUAGAACAAGUGGCUAAAUUUCAUUUUCUGUCACCUGGUUUAUAGAAAGUAGUUAGCAGAAUAUAAACUAUAAAGUAAUGGCGUCUUUGUCAAAAAUGUUAUUGUUCUGUUGAUAAUGACAGCAAGAAGCUUUGGGGGGUGUUCAUCUCAAACUAGCACAACCGUUCCAUCUCCACAGAAAAUAUAGCACCUUUGCUGAACUGUAUUGAAUAUUAUUAUUUUGCACUUACAUAGCGCCUUUCAUCUCUCAGUGACUCAAAAUGCUUUAUGAACGUGUUUAAGGAAAGUGAUUCAAAUCAUGUCCAACUCUUGAUGAGUCUGUUUAGAGUGAGGAAGGUACUUUUGUUUGGAAACUACUUUCUAUCCAUUGGGAGUGAAGCUACCUAACUAAUGCUAAUAAGACAAUCUUUGGGCUCUUUUUCCAUGUCAAGCUACUACUCGUGCGUGCUUCAGCAGCACAUAUACUAAAAUAGACUACUACUCAACAAUGAAUCCAGUAAAUACCUGUUGAGCACCUGCUGUAUACCAGCCGCUGUGCUUAGUGUAGGGGAUGGCAAAGGUGCCUUUGACCUGCCUCUUGCCCGUAAGAAAUGCAGUGUAAUGGAAACAGGGAGAUACAUCUAGUUACAUACUAUGUACUGGGAUAUAAUUGCAGCAGCUAAAAUGUCUAGAUUUGUUAAAUUUUGCAUUUAGUAAUUAGAUAUGUUCAUGUGUAGGUGUCCAGCAUAAACUGAAAUGCCAUUAAACUCUAGAGGAACCAAGCAUUUAGGCAGUACUUAGUAUUUUUUGGCAAAUAUUUUAAAUAUAUUUUUAGCUUUUCCUACUUUUUCUGGCCAAGACUUUCUUAGUUUUAGCCCCUGCACUACCCAUAGCUGUUAUGUUUUGUCUCCCUAUGUUAGUACUUCUGUGAAUUCGAAUGAGAAA